CUGCGCAGAAAGAAAAAAAAUUCCUUCUGCAUUUUGUGGGCAACCAAUGUCUCUCUGGCUCCCUCGCUUCCUUCCUUCGGUUUCUCCAGCAACUUUAGAUGGAUCAAAUGCAAAGGACAAAGUUCAGAGCAGACCUAACAAUGAUGUAUCAGAGAUGAAUAAAGAGAGAAUAAAGAAGAUGCUUAAUAAAGUUGAACUGUCUGUAUCUUGUUAUGAUACAGCUUGGAUGGCAAUGAUACCAUCACCUUCUUCUCUGCAAACUCCUUUAUUCCCUAAGUCCCUAAAAUGGUUAUUAGAGAAUCAACAAAAGGAUGGAUCAUGGGGUCUUCCUAAUCGUGAUGAGUUGUUGACCAAAGACUCCCUUCUAUCAUCAUUGGCUUGUGUUGUUGCACUUAAGCAAUGGGGUGCUGGUGAACAACAAAUCAAUGCAGGACUUGGAUAUAUUGAAUCAAACAUUGCUGCAGCUCAUGAUGAUAAGCAAUUUUCUCCAAUUGGAUUUGAUAUUAUCUUUUCUCAUUUAAUUGAUCAAACCAGAAGUUUGGAUCUAAAUCUUCCUCUUGGAGGGAAUUGUUCAGAGAAUUUCAUUCAAAAGAGGGAAUCGGAACUCCAAAGUGGGUGGGGAAGCAAAUCAGAAGGAUGGAAAGCAUAUGUAGCAUACAUUUCAGAAGGACUUGGGAAGUCCCAGAAUUGGGAAAUGGCUAUGAAAUUUCAGAGAAAGAAUGGAUCUUUAUUUAACUCACCAGCCACUACAGCAGCAGCUUUUAUUCACAUUAACAAUACCCAGGGUCUCGAUUAUCUACUAUCUCUCUCAGAUAAAUUUGGGGAUGCUGUUCCAACAGUACAUCCUUUUGAUGUGUAUGCUCGACUCCUUGUGGUUGAUAGUCUCGAAAAAUUGGGGAUUAAUCGCCAUUUUAAGGAGGAAAUCCAAAGUGUAUUGGACGAGACAUGGAGAUUGUGGCAACAGGAAGAUGAUAUAUUUUUAGAACCCACAACAUGUGCCUUGGCCUUUCGUUUACUACGUUUGCAAGGAUAUGAUGUUUCUUCAGACAUACUUGGUCGCUUUUCAGAAGACAAAUUUUACAAUACCCUUCAGGGUUAUUUAAAGGAUGUUGAGGCUGUUUUGGAGUUACAUAAAGCUUCACAUAUAGUAUUGCAUUCAAGUGAUUUAGUUUUGGAAGAAUUAAACUUCUGGACAGGACACUUUCUUGAGGAAUAUUUAUCCACUUCCUCAAGAAAUACUUAUAAGCCAGCUUCUAAUCGUAUUGACAAUGAGGUACAUUUAGCUCUGCGUUUUCCUCAUCAUGCUUAUUUGGAUUUGAUAGUUAACCGAAGAUCUAUAGAGCAUUACCAGGUUGAUCAAAAGAGAAUUUUGAAAUCUUCAUAUAGUUCUAUGAACCUCGCUAACAAAGAAUUCCCAGAAUUGGGAGCAGAGGAUUUCAAUCACUCCCAAUUGUUAUUUCGUGAAGAACUCGAUCUGUUUAACAAGUGGUUUAUGGAGAGUGGAAUGGAGAAACUACAUUUUCCAAUCUCAAAAACAAAAGCUGCCUAUUCCUUCUUGACAGUCGCUGCCACACUUACCUCCCCUGAACAUCGCGAAGCACGUCUGGCAUGGGCCAAACAAAGCUUGCUUGGAUGUGUGGUCGAUGAUUUCUAUGACGUUUGGGGCACUGAAGAGGAACACAUAAACCUUAUACAGUUGAUGGAAAAGUGGGACGUAGAUGUCAGUAGAGAAAGUUGCUCCGACACGGUGAAGAUAAUAUUCGUAACACUUAAGAAAACAAUUUGUGAGACUGCAACCCAAGCAUAUAAAGUUCAAGGACGUAGUGUGUUGAACCACUUGAUUCAGAUUACAAUAGAUUUGCUGCGGUCUGAGUUGAAGGAAGCAGAAUGGUGCAGAAACAGGUGCGUGCCAAGUGUAGAAGAAUAUGAGCAUAAUGGAAUUAUAUCAAUGGCCUUGGGACCAAUAAUUAUCCCUGUAAUGUAUCUUCUUGGACCCAAGAUUCCACAAGCUGUCGUGGAAAGUGAUGAAUACAAUAAUCUCUUUGAGAUUGUUAGUCUUUAUGGGCGUUAUCUUAAUGAUAUCAAUGGAUACCAGAGGGAAAAAGAACAAGGGAAAUUUAUCAACUCAAUAAGCUUGCGGUUGAUUCAUGGGUGUGGGGUAGAGAGUGAAGAAGAGAUCAUGGAGAAGAUAAAGAGGAAGAUUGAGGAGAAGAGAAAGGAGCUGCUGAGAUUAGUGUUGAAGGAAGAAGGAAGCAAAAUGUCAAGAGAAGUGAAAGAUGUGUACUGGAAAAUGAGCAGAUCACUUCACUUGAUUUACAAAAAAGAGGAUGUGAUUCAUGCAAAGGAGAUGCCUGAUGAGGUGCUCAACAUCAGAGACAUAGUUCUUAACAAUCCCAUCGUCUUAAAUUUAUAGAUCACUUGUGGGAUUUAAAAAUUCUCUCAUUGAAUAUAUCCCAAAUAUGACAUGAGUUCAUUGGUGCCACAAAAAGAAAAGAAAAGGUAUAUAG